AGGAGCGCGGGAAAAGCAGUGUCAUGGCGCGGGGCUAAAUGCUACUUUGUUACCGUCUCUGUCCGUUCCUCGCUUUGAAAGUCACCAUCGCUUUGCUGGAGACCAGAAAGAUUGAGCUGUCGAUUGUCUCGCGGGGGACGAACUGAAGAGCAACGGGUGGGGUGGGAGGGGAGGGGGGGUGUAAGGUGGAAGAAAGGGAGAGAGAAUGGACAGUUUCCAGAAAGUCGAGAAGAUCGGAGAAGGGACGUAUGGUGUGGUUUAUAAAGCCAAAAACAAAGACACUGGUGAAGUGGUGGCCCUGAAGAAAAUUCGACUUGACACGGAAACUGAAGGAGUGCCAAGUACAGCGAUACGAGAAAUCUCCCUUCUGAAGGAACUUAGCCAUCCCAACAUCGUCAAGUUACUUGAUGUGAUUCACACGGAGAAUAAACUAUAUCUGGUCUUUGAGUUCCUGCACCAGGAUCUGAAGAAAUUCAUGGACAUCUCCUCAGUCAAUGGGAUUUCAUUGCCACUCGUCAAGAGUUACCUAUUUCAGCUUCUGCAAGGACUUGCAUUCUGCCACUCUCAUCGGGUACUUCAUCGUGACCUGAAGCCUCAGAACCUCCUGAUAAAUGCAGAGGGUGCAAUUAAACUGGCUGACUUUGGACUUGCGAGAGCUUUUGGCGUGCCUGUUCGCACGUACACCCAUGAGGUUGUCACACUGUGGUAUCGAGCCCCUGAGAUCCUCUUGGGAUGUAAAUAUUACUCCACUGCAGUUGAUAUCUGGAGUCUUGGCUGCAUCUUCGCAGAAAUGGUAACAGAUUCUAAAAUCACGAGGAGAGCCUUAUUCCCUGGAGAUUCCGAGAUUGAUCAGCUAUUUCGGAUUUUCCGAACACUUGGAACACCAGACGAAUCGGUCUGGCCAGGAGUAACCUCCAUGCCUGAUUAUAAGCCCACAUUCCCAAGGUGGAUUCAGCAGGAUCUUAGUAAAGUGGUGCCACCCCUGGAUGAGGUUGGCAGAGACCUGUUAGCGAAAAUGCUACAGUAUGAUCCAAGCAAGCGGAUCUCAGCAAAGAGUGCCCUGUCUCAUCCUUUCUUCCAAGAUGUGACCACGCCCAUCCCUCAACUUCGAGCUUAAAAUACAGCUGAUCAAUUGCUGGUCUGGAAAUCCUGAAAUGUCACUUGAAAGGAACUGAUAAGGCAGUGUCUGUUCAAAUUGUCAUCCAGUCUUUAUUCCCAGAAGUGCCAAAGAUCCAUCUGUUGGUUAUCUCCAGCAGAGCUUUUUAUUUAACAAAUUCCAUAUGAUUUUUCUAAACAUUUAAAAUUUAACUUUUUUAUCAAAGUAUUUUUCACAAUCCUUGGAAAGCUGGAUGAUCUCCAGUUGGCUUUCCUCGUGGGACCAUCCUUCCGAUUUAUCAUGUCAACAUAUGGCAACACAAAGAGCCACAAUAACUGCAUUUGUGCUUUAGUUUUCAUUCCGACAGUAAGCUGUGAUUGUCACCAUUCAACCAGAACAGCAUUAACAAAGCCCUGUGAGAUCCUUCCAUCUAAAUGAACAUUACAUUUCCAUUAAAAGUUCCUAGUGACUCAGCCAUACAAACAAGGAGGUCCAAGUUUUGAUUCACAGUACAGACUGAUUUCAUCUCGGGUUGAGAUAAAGUUGACUAGGUGAGGGAGAGGAAAAGAGCCAGUCACCCCCCCCUCUUCCUAGUUGCUGUCUAGUGAACCUUGUUGGCAGUAUGGAUAGAUGAUGACAAAGAUAUGACGCUUCCUGCAGUUGGACUGUCAGAUAGCACUUAUUGUCUAGACUGGCAUGUGAAAAAUGGCCUUUUAGGCAAGGUAACAGAAAUGCCCCGAUUGAGUUCAAAGUGAGAGCUGAUUUGGGAGAACAGGAGAAAAACUUCUAAAAGUAUGGGACGAAUUGCUCUGUGUCCAUGCUGAUGUUGAGUCAUGAAGGGCUGUGGUGCUGGAUUACUGAAGCUCAGCCAGUGAGGACUAUUCACUCGCCAGUGACACUUGGGUAGGAAGGGAGAACAACAAAUCGAAUCACGUUCCUGUUCUUAGUAUUCAGCUGUCUGUUCCAGAAAAUUUGUUUUUGCAGAUCUCUGGUGAAUACGGUGAAGCAUGGGUUGAAAUGAAGUUGGGGAGGAAACUGGUCAAAAGGGAAAUCACAAUUAUCAAAGAAAGUGUCAAUUAUAUUUUGUCAUAAUGGUAUAAUUAGAUUAAUUGGGCAUUUUGCCAUGUAGGUUUAUUGCCUAGUUGCAGUAAGUAGUUUCUUGUGGCUAUUUGGGAAGGUCACUUCAGAUUAAUGCAUGAUAAUUAAGUAAGCUGAAUAAUUUAGUAUUUGAGACUUUUUGUCUCUUAGAAGAAGCCUGACUGCUGUCACUCAGUCAUGCACUAGAUGCUGAUGGUUAUGGAAUAGCCUCUGCUGUACUGUAGGUCUUGAUGUCAGUCUAAUCAAUCUGAUCCUGUUAUUCUUAGUCACAACCCCAGUUGAUAUGGUGGGACAAUUCUAAGAUGCAAAUAUAGAUCUACCAGUAUUGAACAAUACUGGAAGGAAAGCACCAAGCACCAAAAAACAAGGAAGGGAUUGAUCUGCACAAAAGAAAAUGCACAAGCUGAUGCUUAGAAAUGAAAUCUUUGGAGGAAGUGGUUUUUAAAUUUGGGUUGCCUCCAUUUUAGUUGUGUCUACAAUUCCACGAAAGUUGAGUUAGAACUGUGCAGGUUAGGAUGAGUGGAUACUGUCACUUCAAUACAAUACAGUAAAGUACAUUUUUGAACAAUUUCUUUGUUUUAAUCUAUUAUGUAUAAUUCGAAACUUUGAUCUAUGAAGGGUUUUUUUUUAAACAAUGUUUUGAGAGUGGGUAUAAAAUUUGUUACCUGCAUAAGCUCAUCUGAACCCUUAUUGGAGUUUAACCAGUGCUUGUCCUGUCUGAAUGCAAUACAACCCACUGUGUUACUCUGAGUUUGAAAUGUGGCCAAUUAACUGCAUUAGUAGAAGUUUUGGUGCUGUGAGAUCACCUGGCUGGCACUUGAUGGUUUGCACUGGAGAUCAGCAUUUCUUGCAACAUAAACAUGGCUUUUGCUUUGAAUUGAUGGUGGUUUCCAAUGAUCUCAUGGACUGCAUAAUUUGGGCCUGAUGGUCAAUAAAACUGAAUAAGGUUCUCCCUAAGCAAAUCGAGUAAUUCAGUGAAGAAACUGUGCUGCCACAUGGUUUAAAUCACCAGACAUCUUUUUGUGUUAUAUUAAGAAUGUAUUAAAUGCUUCAAACAAGCAGGAAUUAUGAUAACGAUUAUUCAUGUAAUCUCACAAUGUCUAUUAUUUAGGAAAGUCUGGGAAUGCAGCAAGACUAACAUAACUACUGCUCAUCACAGACUUUCACCCUUUCCACUUGUUCACCCCUGAAGAAAAACAGAAUGAGACCAUUGACCUAAAUAUGCAAAGUAGUUAAAACUUUAUGGCCCUUUCAGUGACUAAGGGAAACUGCAAUGCAGAGGAGAAAAAUCCCUGAUUCAGUCCCUACCCUGCACUAAGUGGUGCAACAAUGAGCCUAGGUAUCCCUUGGUGAGAAAAGAGCAUUGCUUUAGUGAACUGUCUCCUGUUCAUUAUAAAAUCACUCCUACGUAUUCACUUGCUCAAAGCACUCACCUACCUCACACUGUAGUAACCAAAUCAAUUUCAGACUAUAGAUUGAUAUUAUGAAAAGCAGAAAAGUGAAGAACAAUUGAAAUUACAUUUCUAUUUACAAACUUAAUUCUUUAAAUGUAAAUUGAAUAGUUUAAAUAUUCCAUGCAGAUAAAAAUUGAGCCCAUGAACUGUGUGCUUUUAAUGUGGGGGUAUUAUAAAUUUUGGAUUCCUUGGUGCAUGUUUCUGCAAUUUUUGAUUUUUUUUGCCUUUUGGGAGAUCCAUUAUGGUUGCACUGGUGGCUUUGUCUGACCAACUUUGCCAAAAUAAUAGACUUGGUGACUGCUUUAAUACUGUCAUGAAAUUUUGAGUUUGAAGAUGAGUUCUGUUGAGUCUUUUUUAACGAUUCAUGGGAUUUGCAUUUGCCCUGUUUUAACCCUUGUGGAGAAAAGUAAAAAUAUUUUGUUGACUGAAUUGUCUGUGUGUUGAAAGAUUAGAAGUUGGAUCUGAGAUGCUGGAUGAACAUUUUCUUUGAGAGCCAACAAGAGAGGAGGGGGUUUGAGUCGCCCUUUCUCGUGCUUAAAGCUACAUGUUUCUUGGCAUGUUUGUAAUUAGGGCUUCAGUGACCAUUGUCAGCUGGAUACUCCAAUCUGGAAAUCUCUUCAGCUAAACUACUAGGCAACAUGUCUUGAGCACUGUAGGGUCUUGCUAAUCAAUAUCAUUUUGAUACUUUGUAAUUCACAAUUACCAGAAUAAAGACCUUGUGACUUCUUCGUAA